AUGGUUGAUCCGACAAUUGGAGGUCAUAAAACAAGCGGGAAGAAGAGCGCGAAGGAAUGUUCUGGAGCUCUACUGCCACCAUAUGCCACCGUACUAAAGUGCUGUCAUCUCUCUUGCUCGAUUGUUAUUGCUGUGUAUUCUGAUAGGCGUCAAUUUUUAAACGCCAGAGCUGUCGGCCUUGACGUUCCUCAACAGUCCACAUCCACCAGCGCCAAUAGCCUUGAUACUCCUUCCCUCAGCAAAAGUGAAUUAAUAGUACGGAUCGAAGGGCAUCGCUUCGAAAGUCCUCCGCCGGAUAACACAUCACGGACGACUGGGGUCUUUCCUCAGUGUACAAGGAAGACGAGUGGGGACCAUUCGCGGGAGGACCAUCCACGACAUAUCAGAUUUAACGAAGAGUCCAUGUGUCGGCCGAGGUUUUCAAGAACUAUGGAAAUUACAGGUGAGUGUGGGAGUCAGUGUGGGUGAAAGGGGGGUGAGUGUGAGGGUGAGAUAGGGUGAGGGUGUGGGAGAUGGAGUGGGUGAGUGUGUGUGAGGUAGGGAGCGUGAGAAAGGGAAGAGACUGUGAAGGUAAGAAAGGAUAUGGUAGAGGAGGGGAUAGGUUGACGUCAGUUGCAGGAGGCACAGCACUUUUCCAAGUCCGAGAUCAACUACACCCACCGCAUUGCUGUGAUUCCCUACCUACUCACUUUCUUUCCUUGCUCACUCUCUCCCUCUCUUACCCUCACACUCACCACCUCCCUCACCCUCACUUCCUCUCGCACCCACACUUGCGCCUCCUAACUCACCCACACGCUCUCAUAUUCACCCACUUGCUCACCCUCACCCUACCCCACUCACACUCCCUCCACGCACUCUCCCCCUUUCACACACUCACCUUCCCACCUUUCUCACCUACACCCUUCCACACCAACUUACCUCAAAUUCACCCACCAUGCCUACUCCCGACCCAUGCUGCCGCAAAUCUCCCUGAAAGAAACUAUAUUAUUCCUUCAAUUGUAUGUUACCACUGCACAUAAUUGAAAUAAAUUCGUUUGAA